GUAAUUGUAAAGAUCUUCCGCCUUCCGGCGAAAUGCACACCAUAACUAGCAAAAAUCUGAGCAGCGAGGAGGUGCUGGAGGUACACAACUGGCUGAUGCAGAACAAUAUUUGUGUGCAGCGGCUGCGUCGCGACUUUUCGGAUGUGUGGCCUCUGGCCGACAUAUUGAAGCGCCACUAUCCGCGCCUGGUGGAUGUCUACAAUUACCCAAAGAAGAGCAGCGUGCAGAUGAAGCUGGCCAACUGGCAGACGUUCAACUUCAAGGUGCUGUCCAAGUUCAAGAUAACGCUGAGCCGCGAGUUCAUGGAGCUGCUGUCGAACGGUGUGCACGGUGCCGCCGAGGUCUUGCUCCACGAGAUGAUCCGACUGGAGAAGCGGCAGCGCAUGGCGGAGCAGCGCAAUGUGACAAUACGCCAGGAGCAGGCCUGGGAGGAGAACGAUGAGGUGAAAGUUGUGGUGGUGAACAAGCGCGUGGGCGAUGCCAUUGUCCAGAUGCCACAGAAAAUGAUUUUGUACUCGCUGUACGAGAAAGUGUCGCAGGACAAUCUGGCGAAGGAUGCACAGAUCGAGUCCUGCCAGCUUCGCUUGACGCACAUGGAGAACAUCAUCAAAGUCAAGACACAGCGCAUCGACGAGCUGCUAAUGCAGAUGGGCAAGCUACCCACGAAGCUGGCCAACCCGCUGUCAUCCAGCUGCUUCCUCAACUAUGAUGAAAAAUAUCAAGCCCCUGCCCAAGCCGCAGCCCCAGCCCCUUCCCUCGACUCGGAUAGUAGAAAAUAAACAUCAAGGCGAAUUCCAGCAAUGU